AUGACCCCGGACGAGCGGGAGGAGACGUCGGUGGCAGCCCGAACACCCUACGAGCUCGCGCAAUACCUCGCUACUGCACAGUCUAAGACCUUUAAGGAUAUGUCUGCCAUUGAGCUCGAAGACAUGCGCAUCCCAGAGGCUGCUAUUGUGGACACGACAAUAUGGACAGGUCCUCGAACACUUGAUAACCUGGUCGACUUCAUCAUGAAAGCGGUACCUUCACUCAAGACGCGUCUCGGGCAGAAGUCAAAGGCUAAUGGUGCCCCCACCAUGAUCUACAUCGCGGGCGCGGCUUUGCGUGUCGCUGAUGUUACUCGCGUGCUCAAGAACAAGAAGCUUCGCGGAGAGAAGGGCGGAGACGUCGCCAAGCUGUUCGCAAAGCACUUCAAACUGCAAGACCAUGUUCAGUACCUGAAGCGCACCGCCAUCGGAGCCGCCGUUGGCACACCAGGUCGAGUGGGCAAGCUUCUCUGCGAGACAGAUGCCCUCGCCACGACCGCCCUCUCCCACAUCGUUCUCGACAUCACCUUCCGCGAUGCCAAGAAGCGCAAUAUCUUGGACAUCCCAGAGACGCGGGACGAGCUCUUUAGGACCAUCCUAGGCUGCCCGAAGGUACUGAAGGGGAUCAAGGACGGGAAGAUCCAGGUCGUGUUGUUCUGA